GUACUUUUGCCCAUUUUGUGUAAACGUAAAUAAAAAUAAAGCAGUCAAAUUCUGAACUAGUACCAUUGAGAAGUAUAGCUGAGGAGAGUGCUGUUGAUUAGGAUAUUUUUUUGAUGAUAUGGGCUUCCACGGCUCUUUAUCCUACCAAUAGUGAUGUAGUGGACCUAACAGCUGAUAACUUUGAUAGAUUAGUUCUGAAUAGUAAUAAAGUUUGGAUCGUGCAGUUUUUCGCACCAUCGUGUAUACAUUGCAUAAAUCUGGAACCCGAGUAUUCAAAAGCAGCUACAGCCCUUAAAGGAGUGGUGGAAGUUGGAGCAGUAAAUGCUAAAGAGUAUAAAUCCCUAAGUAACCAAUAUGAUGUGCGAGGAUUUCCAACAAUAAAAAUUUUUGGUACGAACAAAUCGGCACCACAAAACUUUACUGGCCUAAAAACUGCUCAGGGAAUUGUAGAGUCAGCUUUUUCAGCAGCAAAGGAACAUGCUUUGAGCGAACUAGCUUUGGGUGUUAAACCUAGUUUGGUGGAAACUGAACCAAUGCCAACUAUGUGUCCUGAACCAUCUGUACAUCUCAUGAACACUCAAAAAUACAAAUAUCCUCUCGCACCAUUCGGGAUGUUACCGCUGAUCAAUAGAUAUGAGUUCAGCACAGAAGCUUUCGAAAAAUUAGUUGAUGAUACUCAUCUGUCUUUAUCUGAUAACAAAGAACCUAAUCUUCAUAAUACAGAUUUAAUUGACAUACCCCCAUAUGAGGAAUUAGCGGACAAUUUGAAUAUGGAACCUUAUAUAAAAUUGUCAAAGCGUGAUCUGACCAACCAGAAAAAACUUAAAGAACUACUGUCUGAUAAGUCUAACAAACAAUUAAUAGUUAGCCCAUAUAACGAAUCACAUAUUGGCUUUUACGAAUAUCCUAAAUUUUCAGAACCUUAG